AAUAGGAAAGUUGGCGCGGUUGCGGGAUCCGGUUCUGGAGACCCGCUGUUGGCUGGUAUCGCAUUGUCUUACAAAAUGGUAGAGGAUGAACUGGCACUAUUCGAUAAAAGCAUUAAUGAAUUUUGGAAUAAAUUCAGAAGCACUGUCAGUGACACCUCCUGUCAGAUGGUGGGCCUAAGAGAUACCUACAAGGAUUCCAUUAAAGCAUUUGCAGAAAAGCUGUCUGUGAAAUUAAAGGAAGAAGAACGAAUGGUUGAGAUGUUUCUGGAAUAUCAAAAUCAGAUCUGCAGGCAGAAUAAGCUCAUUCAAGAAAAGAAAGAGAAUUUGUUGAAGUUGAUUGCUGAAGUAAAAGACAAAAAGCAGGAAUUGGAUGCACUGACUGCAAAUAUCCAGGAUCUUAAGGAAGAAUAUGCUAGGAAGAGGGAAACUAUUUCCACUGCUAACAAAGCUAAUGAAGAGAGGUUGAAAAGGCUACAGAAAUCUGCAGACCUGUAUACAGAUCGACUUGGACUAGAAAUUCGAAAAAUUUAUGGUGAUAAGUUGCAGUUUAUAUUCACUAAUAUUGACCCUAAGCAUCCUGAGAGCCCAUUUAUGUUUUCCCUGAGCCUAAAUGAAGCAAGGGACUAUGAAGUGUCAGAUAGUGCUCCUCAUCUUGAGUGCCUCGCAGAAUUUCAAGAAAAUGUAAGGAAGACCAACAAUUUUUCUGCUUUUCUUGCCAAUGUUAGGAAAGCUUUUACUGCUAUUGUUUAUAAUUAAUAUAUAAAUAGUAUAUAAAAACCGUUAUCCCUAUUGUGUUUCUCUUUUUAAAAAAGGUCUCAUUAUUCCUUGUUUGUCUAUAAUCCGUUUGUAUUUUUAUAACAUUUCUGUGUGCUGAUUUCUGUAAAUUAUUUAAAUUAAAAUCUUAGGAGAGAAGAUUUAUAAAGUCAGGCUUUUGGAGGUCAUGAACCAGUAAUAAUAAAAAAUGAGAGGGGGUGGGCCCAA